ACAAAGCAUCCCAAUCCACUACAACUCGAGAAAUCAAGACAAGAAGAACAUUUUCAAGUCACCUUAUCAUCCACUCACAAUGAAGCUCUCCAUCGCCGCCGUUUCCUCUUUCAUCGCCGCUACCGUGGCUGCCUCUCUCCCCGAGGCCUUCACUCUCGUCGCUGAUGGUGGCAAGACUGUCCUCACUGAUGGCUCCAACGCCUACGUCGGCGGCAGCACCGACGACAAGAAGAUUCUCGUCCUCCACGGCGGCGGAGAGAGCUCCCAGGGCUCGGCGGUGACCUACACUGCCGACGAUCAGACUCCCACCGGCUGGCAGAACCUGUACGCCAUCACCAACGCCAACAAGCCCAUUGCCUUUACCGUGCCUCACUCCGGUGCCACCCCCGAGGGUGCCAGCAUCAACGGCUGGGGUGUCAAUGACCAGGGCUACUUCACCUUCAACGGCGAGCAGGCCUUCGCUGUCCAGGGCGACGACGGUGCCCAGAAGAUCUACUACCUCGGCGCUGGCGAAGGCCAGUUCCAGAAGACUCCAUUGUACGUCAAGAAGUACUAGAGCAAGGACUGCUAGACAGCUUCGCAACGCGUGAUGGAACAGGAAUGUCCGAUGUGAAUCCUGUAUAUACACUCAUAAUGCAGAAUAUCUAAUCAAAUUAGUCAAGUUGCACCAGCAG